AGGUUUUUCAGGAGAAUGGCUGAUAAAAUAAUAUUGGUGAGAGUGACGAAGAUGUCUGGAAUAGCUAUUGCUAGACUGGCUGAGGAGAGGAGGGCUUGGAGGAGGGAACAUCCUUUUGGUUUUGUUGCACGGCCCAUGAAGAACCCGGAUGGGUCGUUGAAUCUGAUGAACUGGGAAUGUGCCAUCCCUGGUAAAAGAAAUACACCCUGGGAAAGUGGCCUCUACAAGCUGCGUAUGAUUUUUAAGGAUGAUUAUCCUUCAAGUCCACCUAAAUGCAAGUUUGAACCACCUCUGUUUCAUCCAAAUGUUUAUCCAUCAGGCACAGUCUGCCUCUCUCUACUGGAUGAGGAAAAGGAUUGGCGCCCAGCUAUAACAAUCAAACAAAUCCUGCUGGGCAUACAGGAUCUUCUGAAUGAACCCAACAUUAAAGAUCCCGCCCAAGCUGAAGCGUACACCAUUUACUGCCAGAACAGGCUGGAGUACGAGAAGCGAGUGCGGGCGCAGGCACGCGCAAUGGCCCCACAGGAGUGAAUCGUCUUUUGCAGCUCAUGAUCAGCAAUGAAGAAUUCUCUGUCAGAUACAAGCUCUUUUUUGUGCUGUUAAAUGCAAGAACUCAUUGUGUGUGUGUUAAAAGAAAAAGACAUUGCAUAUGCACAUUUUAUACCCAAUUUAAUAUGUUAAUGAUUUAAUUUUUAUACGAACUGAAAUGUAGUAUUUUAACACCUAGCGAAGAAGUUUCAUAUGUAGUUCAAACAGUAAUUAAUUUAAUUUAUUCAUUGUAGGUUAAUGUUAUGUAAUGGGUUAGAUUCUGAAGGUAGAGAGUCUCCAAACAAGUAGGUAUUUUAACUAUACAUAGGCAUUAUAUUUUCCUAUAAUAGACUUCUUAGCACAUCUUAAGUCAUGAAGUACAAUCUUUUUUCUGUUUUUAAAUAAUCAUCUUUUAUUUUUAAUGUACUUGAAUGAUUUAUGGUAGUGUUUCAAAUUGUACAUCCAUAUGCAUACUAGGUUAAAUAAAUGAGUGGUUUUCGUUAUGUAUUUGUGUUAGUGCUUUUUAUGUUAGAAUGAAUAUAUACAUAGCUAACAUUUGUAAUUCGAACCACCAGUGUAAUUGUGGUUUUAAGACUGCAUAUCAUCAGUAUCGUAAAGCACUAAGAUUGAAUAAAUGUUUUACAUCAU